CGCCUGCGCGGUGGGCGUGAUCCGGGCACUUAGGGCAGGAUGAACGCUGCUUUCCAAGAUGGCGACGGAGGGAGGAGGGAAGGAGAUGAACGAGAUUAAGACCCAAUUCACCACUCGGGAAGGUCUGUACAAGCUGCUGCCGCACUCGGAGUACAGCCGGCCCAACCGGGUGCCCUUCAACUCGCAGGGAUCCAACCCCGUCCGCGUCUCCUUCGUAAACCUCAACGACCAGUCUGGCAACGGCGACCGCCUCUGCUUCAAUGUGGGCCGGGAGCUCUACUUCUAUAUCUACAAGGGGGUCCGCAAGGCUGCUGACUUGAGUAAACCAAUAGAUAAAAGGAUUUACAAAGGAACACAGCCUACUUGUCAUGACUUCAACCACCUAACAGCCACAGCAGAAAGUGUCUCUCUCCUAGUGGGCUUUUCCGCAGGCCAAGUCCAGCUUAUAGAUCCAAUCAAAAAAGAAACUAGCAAACUAUUUAAUGAGGAAAGACUAAUAGACAAGUCACGCGUAACCUGUGUCAAAUGGGUUCCCGGUUCGGAAAGCCUUUUCCUAGUAGCCCACGCGAGUGGGAGCAUGUACUUGUAUAACGUGGAGCACACUUGUGGCACCACAGCCCCCCACUACCAGCUCCUGAAGCAGGGCGAGAGCUUCGCCGUGCACACUUGCAAGAGCAAAUCCACGAGGAACCCUCUCCUUAAGUGGACCGUGGGCGAGGGGGCCCUCAACGAGUUUGCUUUCUCCCCAGAUGGCAAGUUCUUGGCCUGCGUGAGCCAGGACGGGUUUCUGCGGGUGUUCAACUUUGACUCGGUGGAGUUGCAUGGCACAAUGCGGAGCUACUUCGGAGGCCUGCUGUGCGUGUGCUGGAGCCCGGACGGCAAGUACAUCGUGACGGGCGGCGAGGACGACCUGGUGACCGUCUGGGCCUUCGGAGACUGCCGGGUGAUCGCCCGAGGCCACGGGCACAAAUCCUGGGUCAGUGUUGUGGCGUUCGACCCCUACACCACGAGUGUGGAAGAGAGCGACCCCAUGGAGUUCAGCGGCAGUGACGAGGACUUCCAGGACCUCCUCCAUUUCGGCCGCGACCGGGCCAACAGUACACAGUCGCGGCUGUCCAAACGGAACUCUGCCGAGAGCCGCCCCGUCAGCGUGACGUACCGGUUCGGCUCGGUGGGCCAGGACACGCAGCUCUGCCUCUGGGACCUCACGGAAGACAUCCUUUUCCCUCACCAGCCCCUCUCGAGAGCAAGGACACACACCAAUGUCAUGAACGCCACGAGCCCUCCUGCCGGCAGCACGGGGAACAGCGUCACGACGCCCGGCAGCUCCGCGCCCCCGCCCCUGCCCCGCUCCAACAGCCUCCCCCACUCCACCGUCUCCAGCGCCGGCAGCAAGAGCAGCGUGGCCGACGGCGCCGUCGCUUCUGGGGUCAGCAAAUUCGCGACGCUCUCCCUGCACGACCGGAAGGACAGGCACCACGAGAAAGACCACAAGCGAAACCACAGCAUGGGACACAUUUCUAGCAAGAGCAGCGACAAACUGAACCUGGUUACUAAAACCAAAACGGACCCAGCUAAAACCCUGGGGACGCCCCUGUGUCCUCGGAUGGAAGACGUCCCCUUGUUAGAGCCGCUCAUCUGUAAAAAGAUAGCGCAUGAAAGACUGACUGUGUUAAUUUUUCUUGAAGACUGUCUAGUCACUGCUUGUCAGGAGGGAUUUAUUUGCACAUGGGGAAGGCCUGGUAAAGUGGGUUUACUGUCAUCCCCAACCAGGCCGGCUCUCCGGGUGGAACCGUAGUGUAGCGGCACCCCCGCUCCAGAACCCUCGCCCCGACGGGGCCUCAUGGGAGCGACGGACGGACCGAGACGGGAGCACGGACACUCACGGAGGCGGCUGUCACCCGGAGUCACGUGCGAGGACCCGCGGGGCCCGCUCGGAAGGGCGCUCUCUGCCAUUCAUCCAAAGAAGCUGUUCCCAUUUUAAAAAGGUUCUAUUGAGACUGCAGUAAAAAAAAUAAAGGGGACUUUCUUACGUUUUACUCAAUUGUAAUUAAAAUCUCAUAUAGAGAUCUAUAUAAAACUAUACAUAUAUACAUAGUGCAAGAUACAAUAAUUCUUGGACGAGAAGUCCCCUUAAAUUCAAUGGUUAUAAAUAGUAUUUCACUCUGUUUUUGCACUGAUGUUUCCAUACGUAGGUGAUCAGAGACAAGCUGGAAAGCAUUCCCGGAGAAGGCUGUUGCUUUCUGACUUAAAUCUGUCAUUCAGGAAGAUGGAUGCUGCAAUCGUAGAUUUUUACGAAUUUUUGCACUUAAAAUAGUUUAAUGCUUUUAGGGAAAUACUUUAAAUACGGGUCUCACGGACUCACAGCCCUGCAGGGUGUGAAGAUGCUCUUUUUAAUCUUAACAGUGACUUAACACCGGGGUCCCCUCGCAGUCAGCUCCGUAUUCUGUGUGUAAAUGCUGCGACUCUGCUGCUGGGGACAUGGUUGCUUCACCAGUCAUUUCCGUCAUUUAUGAGUGAUCUUUCCAGUUCACACAAAAAAUUAAUAUUAAAAGUUUCUUGAAUAUACUGUUUAUCUUCUGUUAA